GAUGGAAUCAGUUAGGUGAUCUUCAUUUUCCUGUUGUUUCUGCAGAGCUGUUGGUACAUGGAAGUGAGAUGUCUGGUUCUCCUUACAGGUUCCAGGCCCAGGACCUGGAGGUCCAGCUGAGCGAUGAGCUGGCUGCAUCCCUGAGGCAACUCAAGCCAGAGGGCAGCAUUCUCAAGGACCGCUUCAAGAGUCUGCAGAAGAGGAACCUCAUUGAACCCAGAGAACGGGCCAAGUUCAAGAGGAGACUCAAGGUCAAAUACGUGGAGAAAAGAGCCUUUCGGCAAAUCACAUGACUCUGUCAAACUAGUGUCAAUAAAGCUUCACCAACAGAA